AUGAUUGGACACAAAUUGGACUCAUUUCUGGUGGACGCGGACACCACUCAAGAGGUGAUCAAUGAGUUGAGGGACAGACGCAUCACCACAACCACUGACAACCAACUCAUUGUCAAGAAUGUGGCCAAUGAUGGCAACAAUGGCAACAAAAGCAAGACAUUCCUCAAGCAUUUGAUUCAAUUGCGACAACACCUGCAAAGACAUCCCAUUUUUGACACCAAGAACUUCAAACUCACAGAAAUUGAUUCGUUGAUCACAUCAUCGAAAGAGACCAUUGAAUGCCUAGUCUUUGGCUUCUUAAUGAAGAACUCGUCGAAAAUCAAUGAAUUUCUGAUUGAAGACAACUCGGGAAGAGUUCCGGUGGUCUUCACAGACGAGACCCAAUUCAGGGACUCAUUGGCCGUCGAAAACAGUUUUGUGUUAAUCGAAGGCACUUACGAUUCGCCCAAAGAUUGUCUUUAUGUCGAUAGCAUCGGUCAGUCGCCGCCAAUCGACUUGAGUUCCACUCUUGAAGUGUCCAAUAGUUUGCAACGAACCGGAAGAAUGCUUGUCGUUGUAUCUGAUGUCCAUUUGGACGAUGAGAACACUUUGGAUAAACUGAAGACAUUGUUGACAGGAUAUGACUCAAUGGUUCCCAUUCCCGAUGCCUUUGUCUUUGUGGGAGACUUUAUGUCCAAACCAUGCGAUGAAGUCUCAGAUUUGAAAGGUAACUUCGAGAUCGAAACCAUCCAUAAACUCAAUUUGAAUCCAUGUCUUAAACCCUGGUAUCAAAAGCCUGUUCUCAUUACCCAGGGAUAUAUGCAAUAUGUCUGGGAUAAUGAAAACAAGAAAUAUUUAGAUAUGUGA